AUGUCGGACCAGUUAGUUUACCAAUGGCCAGUGCACACAGGAAUGUAUGGAAACGGAUGGAUAAUAAUCUCCAUCAUGUACAGGCAGGGAAAGGGCCAUGACUCUUUGAGAGUCAUGGUUGGAGGUUGGGGUUUGGUCACUGGCAUGGCAAAUGACGGUGUAGGUACAAAGUUUAUCAACCAUGGAGAACGGGAAGAGCCAACCGAAAUACUCAUAAAAGAUAACAUUGCCGAAAUUCAAAGAGGGGUUCUUUUACCGGGCGAGUUGAAGAAAAAGGUAAAGAGGUCGAAAAACAGAGGCAAGAGAACUGAAAGGAUCGAAAAGGUCCAAAUCGUUAUCACACCGGUUACCAAUUUAAUAAGGAAGAAAGAACCAUACUUUUGGGCACAUGUGCUGUCUUGUUUCUACGGGUCUCUAACACUGAAUCUGGUGAUAUAUACAGAGAUAUCUCUAUUGAAGACACGACGAAUAUUUAGUGCCUGUCUGACAACCUCUAAGCCUCACAAGAGAGGGCUUGAGCUUCACGAACGGCUGUUGAAGUCAAUGGGGUUUCUAUUUUGCAAGAUGGAGCUGCUCGAUCGGCUGCAUCGAUCGAUUGGUCGGGUUACUUUCGUUGAGUAA